AUGGCACAAAGGCCCGUCGUUGAUGUCGACGGUUGUCGCGGACGCGGCCAGGCUGCUACUAUAGCCGUUUUGCCUGCAUCCGGCGCGUGGCACUUGGGCUCGUCGUGCGGUGCGUGCGCGCCCGUGCGGAUCUGGGGAUGGUUCUUCGACUUGGCCUUGGAUGCCACGCUGCUCCGCUUCCAUUCUUCCAUGGAACCGCCGCUAGAAGGCCGGUCGUGCGCCUCGCCUCGAGCGCCCACAAAUACUGACCUGCAUGCCCACACGCGCCGACCAAACUGCCAUGGCGAUGCUCUGGGACCUACUGUACAUAGUAGUACUACGACUGCCACUACCGUGGAGAGAUUGGCUCGUCGGCCACGUUGCCGGCCACAGCUGGCGCAUCUGGUGCGCGUAGUGCGGCGUCUAUGUUUGGAAGGUGCGGCCAAAAGGGCAAACCAAACCUUGUGCCCCCCGUCUGGCCUCGCCCGGCACUAUCGCUCCGUUUCGAGUUGCGGGUUUCGGGAGGCGCGGGCAGGUACAGCAACGACAAACAUGCAGUCCGUGUCUGAAGUUUCUGUCGACUCCCCACUUGGCGGCCGACAAAGACGUGCGCUCGAGUGGGCCAGGGUGCAUCAUCGUGCUGCCGCCCUAGAAGCUUUUCAGCCAAAAGUCGCUGCCUUUGCGCGGGCUGGGAAAAACUCGGCCUCCGAUGUGGACACACGUGCAAGCCCUCUUCCGUCCCGUUUUCGUUGGGCGCGCUGCGACUCAGGCGGCUGCGCACUGAUUGGCCCACAGCCACUGGCGAAAACCGGCCGGGUGCUGUGGCUGUGGAGCUGUGGUUGCUCGCUGCGGUUCGUCCUGGUGCACUCCAAGACAACUACGUCUGCUUGCGUCGCAUCCAUCCCGCUCCGGUGGAGACCAGCUGGAAGCAACAAUGCGCGGGCGCCAUAUUUCAUUUCAGAAUUUUCCCUCGCAAAAACAGGAAGCAAAAAACACAUGCCCUUGCACUUACUCAGGCCCGAAGAAAGCACUCCAUCCGGCCCUGGAGCAAAGCCAACCUCUCUGUCCAUAGUAAACCCACGCGGUGCUCAUGCACUUUCCUAUCUGGGAAGCAGACCCGCCCACGGCAUUGACAGGCAGCCGCUGCUGCCCUGCAUUUGUAUGGUGGCACAGCAAACGGGCGGAGCGGAGUCUAGGCCGAAUACGCCUACACUCCACUCUGCACCUACAGUACCGUACAUACGACAUUCCAUCUACUAUCCGCCCGUGACAUUCACCCGGUGGUUGCUGCACACGGAGAAUUGUUACUGUGAACGAGCAUGUGUGUGCACUCGCGUAGUCUGGAUGGAUGCAGCCCGCCUACUAAAUGCCCCGGGAAAACACUUGCUACCCACCAAUGCCGACCCGCCCCUCACUCGCACCCGGAAUCUUACCUACCACAUCGCGCAAACCAUCAAUCGGAUGACUACUGAUAGUCAGCAACCCCCCACACGCGCAUCCCUCACCACAAACCAAUCUUGCGGCAAAGCGAACCCCUCUUCCUCUGCCGCCCCCUCCCCCCAUGAAAAGAAGCAAAGUAUCGUAGCACCGGCUCAUCGGGAGGGGAAAAAGAACACAGCCAAACCACUCCCUUCCAAGAAUCGAUCGAUCGAUCGAUUGCAUACAUGCAAGCCUGUUCCCAAAACAAAGUCUCAACACAUCAAAACGAAAUAA